AUGGAAGGGUGCCCCACACCGAAGCCAGGGGUCUUGAACGUUCACCUCGUUUCACACAGUCACGAUGAUCUGGGUUGGUUGAAGACAGUGGAUCAGUACUACUACGGAGCAAACAACACGAUCCAGCGAGCGGGCGUGCAAUACAUUCUGGACUCGGUGAUGGAGGAGCUGUUUCGAGAUCCGGUGAAACGAUUCAUCCAGGUGGAGACCGGCUUCUUCGCGAUGUGGUGGGCGGAGCAGAACGAGGAGAAGAAGGCGAAGGUUCGCGUCCUCGUCGAGGAGGGACGGCUGGAGUUCAUCGGGGGAGGGUGGAGCAUGAACGACGAGGCGACAGCGCAUUACUCGGCCAUCAUCGACAAUGUUGCCUGGGGGAUGAGGUCUGUUUGGGGACGAGAGGCUUAUCUCGGGGAUAUAUCGCGGUACCUGGUAGAGGAAUUCGGCGACUGCGGUCUACCCAGGGUCGCCUGGCAGAUCGACCCCUUCGGACACUCCAGGGAGCAGGCAGCGAUAUUCGCCGGAAUGGGUUUCGAUGGUCUCUUCUUCGCUCGCCUCGACUACCGCGACAAGGAGCAGAGGGUCGUCAACAAGACGAUGGAGGUCGUCUGGCACGGCACCGAGGACUUCGUCAACGACCCGACUCGGGAUCUGUUCGCGGGAGUGCUGUUUAAUCACUACGGUCCCCCGCCGGGAUUUUGUUUCGAUAUCCUCUGCAACGAUGUCAUCAUCGACAAUCCUCGAUCUCCGGACUACAACGUCCCCAGAAAGGUGGAGGAAUUUGUGGCAUGGGCGGAAAGGGCAUCUGGGGGAUUCAGGACCAAGCACAUCAUGGCGACGAUGGGGGAAGAUUUCCAUUACCAGGACGCCAACAUCUGGUACAAGAAUUUGGACAAGCUCAUCAACUAUCGUGACUCUCGUGUCGAGAAAUUUCACAGCAUCGCCCCUCCAUUUGGUAGGUACGUGAACGAGGAGCGAGGCGACUCGGUGCACCUGCUGUAUUCGACUCCGAGUUGCUACCUGAAGGCAGCCCAGGAGGACACGUCGGUGCAGUGGCCCGAGAAGACGGACGAUUUCUUCCCCUACGCCUCUGACAGCAACUCCUAUUGGACGGGCUACUUCUCGUCCAGACCGACGUUCAAGCGGUUCAUCCGUACGAGCAACCUCUUCCUGCAGACGAUUCAACGAUUCAUAAAGAAAGAUGUUGUGUCCGAGAAGAUCGGGAAGCAGCUGGGUAGCGUGUUCCCGUCCACGGGAUCGGAGGAGAAUCUGUCCCAGAUGAGACAGGUGAUGGGGGUGAACAUGCACCACGAUGCGGUGACCGGCACGGCCAAGCAGCACGUCACCGAUGACUAUUACCGACUCAUUUCUCUCGGUCUCGAUGCCACCUGGCCCGUCGUUCGAGACGCCCUAAAGUCCAUGAUGGAAGCAGGGCAGACACUGGAGAUGUCGCGCUGCCCAUUCCUCAACAUUUCGUGGUGCGAAGUGUCUGAGAGGGAGAACACUCUCAUCCUGACCCUGUACAACCCGCUGGGUCGGCCGAGGUCUCAUCCCGCAAGGGUCCCCGUGCCCGCCUCCGAGAACGGGGAUGCUCCCGCGUACCGCGUUUACGAUCAUACAGGGGCGGAGCAGACGGUGGACGUGAUGCCAAUUCCCAGCCCAGUUCUAACCGUUCCCGGGAGGAGCAGUUCCGCCAAAUUCGAGUUGGUUUUCCUCGCUUCCUUGCCCCCGAUGGGAUUCGCCAAUUUCUACAUCACUCGGGCGGAUUCCAAAUCGAAAUCGGGAGACUUGCAAGAGACGGAGGUCAUGGACGACAAUACCGCGGAUUUCACUCUUUCCAAUGGCGAGGUUUCGGUGACGUUCAACGGAAAGACGAGGACGACGAAAGGGAUGAAACGAAACGGAAUGAAGAGGGAAUUCACGCAGGAACUCCUCUAUUACAUUUCGAUGGAAGGAAAUAAUUCGGCAGCUGGAUUCCGCGCUUCCGGAGCCUACAUCUUCCGGCCCAACGGAAAGGAUCCCGUCUCUCCGGGGGAACCCACUCGAACCAUCGUCUAUCGAGGAGAUGUGGUGGAGGAAGUUCACCAGGAAUAUGGGAACUGGCUGAGCCAAGUGACGCGUCUGUAUGGAUCCAGCCCCUGGUUGGAGAUGAAAUGGCUCGUCGGACCCAUCCCCUUCCAAGACGGAGUGGGAAAGGAAGUAAUAAACCGAAUGCACCUGGACAUGGCUACGGGAGGGAAAUUCCACACAGACUCCAACGGGAGGGAGAGCCUGACGAGGACGAGGGACAAACGAGAUAGUUUCACGUUGGGGGAGGAGUACGAGUCUGUGGCGGGGAAUUAUUAUCCCAUCAACAGCCGACUCUUCCUCCGGGACGAGGGACAAGGGACGCAGUUCACUGUGCUCACGGACAGGGCACAGGGUGGAGGAAGCAUCCACGACGGAGAGCUGGAGCUUAUGAUACACCGACGCUGUCUCCGCGACGAUGCGUUCGGAGUGGGCGAGGCGUUGAACGAGACGGCCCACGGAGAAGGUCUCGUGGCUUCAGGCUCUCACUACGCCCUCCUUUCGGAGGUGAACGAAGGAAUGGACAUGAUCAAGGAAGAGGAGAAGCGCAUAUUCUACGAGCCUCUUGCUGUCUUUUCCCCGACCACCAUGACCCUCCAAGACUUCACUUCUGCCCCAGUGAACCAGAGGUCUCUCCUCAAGACUGCACUGCCUGAGGGCAUCAACUUGCUCACCCUUGAGAAUUGGAGAGGAGGUUCACUGUUUUUGCGGUUGGAACACUUCUUGGAGAGAAAAGAUAACGGACAACCAGUGACUUUGGACAUCAAAGAUCUGUUUGUGGAUCUCGAUGUGGUGUCAGUGGAGGAAGUGACGUUGGAUGGGAACAAACCACUUGAUGCCACAAAGAGGCUUUGUUGGAAGACUGUAAGUCAGGCUUGCAGUGGUGCAGAGGGAAAACUCAAGGCAAAUCAAAACACAAAGCUGAACACAGUUGUAACCUUGGAGCCUAUGACCAUUCGCUCCUUCCUGCUGGAGGCGACCGUUUCAAAUGUCAUCGAAUCGUGAUCUCUGAGUUCAUGCUUUCAUCCCCUGUAACCUAUUUUCAUCAGCACAAAUACACAGUAUUCUAAGACCGGGAACUCUCGACUUUCAAUGUGUAUGAAAAAUUGGACAUGACAAAAGAGCAAAACAGGUAG